GAUUGGUCUAGCCACGCACGCACACCCGGUGUCUCCUUCCUAGCGAGAAGCUAGGGAUUUAUCGGUCGAUCGCACAGGAUAUCUCAGACUCGCCCCAUUCAAGGACCUCGAGGACGGAUUCCGAAGUUUUUCUGGUGUGCAGGUGUGCCAAAAUUCGAUUUCGUUCGCACUGUUACGUUGCCUCAGCCAUGAAACUCGCCAUCGUUCUGCUGGCCACCGUGCUGGCCUGUGUCCGGGGUGAGCAAUUCGAAGGAUACUUCUAUCCGAAGCCAAGCUGUGCCCUCUCGGAUACGGUCUACAUCACGAAAACGGAAACCAACUACCAGCGAGUGACGGAAACGAUCCAGCAGCCGACCUAUGGCGAUGAGCAGACGGUCAUCUCGUCGGUCUACAUUACCUCCACCUAUACGGCCACCGUCCCCUCCUACCAGACGAUAACGAACACGGCCACCUACACCGUCACACCACCGCUGCAGCCGGCCCAGACGGUCUACAACACCGUCACGCUGCCACCGAUCGUGUCCACGUACACCAGUGUCGUUGUCUCAGCGACACCCGUUUACCGGACACAAACCGAAACACGAACCAUUACGCAGCCACCGGUCACACUGCCUGCGCAAACCAUCUACUCGACGAUCCGUGAGCCUCCAGUGACGCUCCCUGCUCAGACGAUCUACUCCACAAUCCGGGAACCUCCAGUGACACUCCCUGCUCAAACGAUCUACUCCACCAUCCGUGAGCCACCGGUCACGCUUCCACCGCAAACCAUUUACUCGACAAUCCGCGAACCACCGGUCACACUGCCUGCGCAGACGAUGUACUCCACGAUCCGGGAACCUCCAGUGACACUCCCUGCUCAAACGAUCUACUCCACCAUCCGUGAACCUCCGGUCACGCGCACCAGUCAGGUGGUGUCCACGGUGUUCAAUACUGUCACACUGCCACCGGUCACACUGCCAGCGCAGACGAUCUACAGCACCGUCACACUUCCGCCGGUUACGCGAACCGUUAGCUCGAUCUACACCCAACCAGGUGGGGCCCAAACGGUUUAUCUCACCGAGACCCAGGUUCAGCGUGAUCCAGUGCCAGCUCAAACGAUCUACAGCACCGUCACCAAGUCGUUCUGUGCGCCAACGUACCUACCACCACAAAACACACUGGCCGCUUACAACCAGGGACGGUACACGGGUGGUUUGUUCUAGAGAUCAUUUUAGGCGACAAUUUGCGUUCCUCAAUAAACCCCCCCCCCCCCCCCCCAUCGUCUUCAUAUGCGUGUGUUUUACGUGGCGUUACGUGAAGAGCUGGAUCGACCUCGAUCGCUUUCCGACCACCAUCCUAUACUUCAUCAUCUAACACCACCCUAAUUUAGCUAUCGCUUCAUGGAUAAUGUUGUUUGGUUUUGUUUCGCUGUUUUUCUACGUGGCUCCGUGGCUGACCUUCUCCGAGAUGAGAUGAGCACGAGGCGCGCGACACAAUGGCCGAAAUGGCGGCGACGUCGAAAUGCUAAUCUACUCGUGGGCUACGAGUCGUGGCCACUCGGUCAGGGGGAGCCUUGGAAAUGCAUUUUUAAAUACACUCACGACACAGACACGAUGAGAUUAACAGCUUCCGACGCACAGACAGAGAGGCAGGGGCAUAACGGUCAAACACGUCAUUGUGCGAACUGUUAUUCCGUCCGUGGACUAAUGCUUUUUUCCAAACAUUUCGAUUAUGUCGGCCGAUUUUCGUGCCGCGUCGUGCUUUACCUUCUCAGCAAAAGUCGAUCUGCUGGCCUCCAAUCUUGGUGGCUGACCGGUGACGAUUUCACCACGGAAAAUUGCCUUCAAGGGACGUGUGCGUCGUGGCGGUCGCUCCCUUAGAUCACUGGGAACUGGUUCACAUUCGAAUGGCGAUCAGCAUUGUUCUCGCAAUGGUGAGGGGAUUGUGUUUAAUCAUCUCUCAGACCCUUUUGCACGCCCUUGCUGCUGCCCUGGUGCAGCAUUCAGAUCCAUCAUCCGAACAAACGAUUGGCCAUUGUUGCCAAACGAACAACUCGAAACGAUUACCAGAGAAACUUUUUCCACGGUGAAGAUGUAGCCAAAAAGGAUGAUUAAAAUAAUUUUAAAAAUAAACGACCAUGAGCGCUGAAAA